AGAGCUACAAUGCGUGCUGGAAGAUCUGGCGACCUUCUUUACCCAUGAUGUUCAAAAUAUCUACAUUGUACUUAUUGCUUUAAGCCGCAGCUUCCAGUGCCGCGCGGACGUCUCGCGUGUCAACGCAGGGCCCCGGGUCCCUGUUGUCAACACUGACUUGAUGAGCGUGGUGCUGCUCUUCAUGGAGAUCGUAGAUACCUUCAAGAAGCAACUCUGCAGGUCACGCGAAAAAUUUGGUAACCUCUGCAUCUCGCCGGAGCGGCUCGACCACAUCUCCGACGCGGAUGCGUACCUCGAGCUGACCAUCCUAUAGGUAGCACUCAAGCAUGCAGCCGAGCUCCUCCACCACAUCUACAACAGUGAGGGCUUGCUGUAUGCUAUAAAAUUAUUUUGCGACGAUGCAUUUGAUUUUAUGUUUUGUAUUCAAAAGUACAAAGAAAGAGUAUGGAAAAGUUUCGUGCGACAUCAAAACUUUAACAAAAUCGCCGGAAAGGGCUUGAGGACCAUUAGCCGAACACCUGAAAGGUUGUUGCCUAGACUGAUCGAACACAUGAAGGCGUACAUAUUCGUUCCGGUUGCAUCGAGCUGCACUGGGGCCGGGGGCGGGGGAGGUGCGACAAGGCGCACUGAUACCCCACCACGUAAAGAGAGCUGUGUUCCGGAGGUGGCAGAGAAGAUGAAUUUCAAAAGAUAUAAUGACCAGGACAGUUCAGAAGAAAAGGUGGGGGCUACAUGUUUCAACUAUCAUAAUACCGAUGCGGACAAAUAUGAACGCAAAAUGCUGCUGACUCCGCAGCGGCUGAGCGAGCUUCGGGAGCACAGUGCGAUCCUCGCCGUCUGCUAUCGCAAUCGCCGGCGGCUGCAGGACGACGACUUGCAAGAACUAGCUCGCAUGUUUUCUUGUGAAAUUAUGUACUCCAAUGCAUCCUGCCUUGAGUUAAUAAAGAGGUUGACAGGAGGUACACUAUAUGAAGGGACACAAAUAUUUUCCGGGAUCCCUUAUUUCGAAAUAACAUCAACGAAUACAAUGUUACCAUGCCUUGAAACUCUAUAUCUUUGGAACACAUUGGCUGCGCAGUCAGACGACGAUCUGCUAGCAAUUUGCAUGCUUGAGCUAAUAGAAGAGGCUAGACAAUAUAUAUAUUAUAAUGAUCUUCCAACCGGUAUCUCGCAACAAACGAAGAAAGCCUCCUUAGAUUUUAUUAGAGGAUGCUGUUUGCAACGUUUGGGUAAAAGAGGUCAAGCCAUGAAAUGUUUUCGGAACAUAUCCAGCUUGGAACGUAAUGAAAUGGCUUUCAAUGAUAUAGAAGACGACUUCUUGAUACUGAUUGCAUUGUUGGAAGAGGCGCUCUACUAUUAUGACCAGGGCGUCGAAGUCACCGCUCAGCUGAUCAUUUCUUACGUGUUGAAUGUAUACGACAACAUGUCGCGUGGUGCGCGCACCUUCUGCAUUGCUUUCGCUAAAAUCAUGAAAGUGAACCUCCGGUUCCCUGGAUGAAAACACACGUUUCUAAGACAUUCUCGACAAUAAGUUGGAAGAUAGAUAUUAAUUUAAUUAAGUUUUGAAGAAAGACAAUUAGUUAACAAUUAAAUGUGUAUUACUCUUCUUAAUUACUAUUAAUGUGUAUGUAAAUAGAUUUCGAUGAUAUUACGAGUACAUGAACGGUUUUUAUCACCAGAUCGGGAGCUUAGGUGCAUAGGUGUAAUGUUUUUAAUAUUUACAUAUUGUAACAACAAACUCUGUUUAUGUUUUCUGAAUGCGAAUAUUAUUCUAUUUAUGUAAAAUUCAUUGUAUAUAAAAGUAAAUUCAAAAUUACAUCAGUUCGUGAACAUUCAAUUAGAAAAAAAGGGUAUGGCGACAUAGAUUAUAAACUGUUGAUUGUCAAUAUUGUUCAACAACAUAAAAUAAUAAAUAUAAACUUUUUGAUAUUUAUACAUGUAGGUAGGUAAGUAAAGAUUUUCUAAUGUGAUGUUUAAUAUUGAGUAUGAAAUGCGUAACCGAACACACACACACACAUACACUGACUACUGGAGCAGAGGUUAGGUCCAGACUUUACUUCGUUACGUCCUCUGUAUCCGGCCUUAAGUUAGUUGACUGACAUCGAGUGAGCCCUUCCUAAACUUACUUGAAUUCUCUAAGACUUUUAAAAUAUUAUUAUACAAAAUUUUUAUAACA